AUGGCCGGCCGCGGGGCCCGGCAGCGCCCCAGGGGAGGCGGGAGCGGCGGCGGGGACCCGGCCUCGGCCGCGGACAAGCUGCGGGAGCUGCUGUGCGGCCGCGAGGCGGGCGGCGCGGAGCCGCGGGCCGAGUUAUCUGGGAACAAAGCUGGACAAGUUUGGGCACCGGAAGGAUCUACUGCUUUCAAGUGUUUGCUCUCAGCAAGGUUAUGUGCUGCUCUUCUGAGCAACAUCUCAGACUGUGAUGAAACAUUCAACUACUGGGAACCAACACACUACCUCAUCUAUGGGAAGGGGUUUCAGACUUGGGAAUAUUCCCCAGUUUAUGCCAUUCGCUCCUAUGCUUACCUGUUGCUUCAUGCCUGGCCAGCUGCAUUUCAUGCAAGAAUUCUACAAACUAAUAAGAUUCUUGUCUUUUACUUUUUACGAUGUCUUCUGGCUUUUGUGAGCUGUAUCUGUGAACUUUACUUUUACAAGGCCGUGUGUAAGAAGUUUGGGUUGCAUGUUAGUCGAAUGAUGCUAGCCUUCUUGGUUCUCAGCACUGGCAUGUUCUGCUCAUCUUCAGCAUUUCUUCCUAGUAGUUUCUGUAUGUAUACUACAUUGAUAGCCAUGACUGGCUGGUAUAUGGACAAAACUGCCAUUGCUGUGCUUGGAGUAGCAGCUGGGGCCAUCAUUGGCUGGCCAUUCAGUGUGGCUCUUGGUUUACCUGUUGCCUUUGACUUGCUGAUCAUGAAACACAGGUGGAAGACUUUCCUCCAUUGGUCGCUGGUGGCUCUCAUACUCUUUCUGGUGCCUGUGGUGGUCAUCGACAGCUACUAUUAUGGGAAGUUGGUGAUUGCACCACUCAACAUUGUUUUGUAUAAUGUCUUUACUCCACAUGGACCUGAUCUUUAUGGUACAGAACCGUGGUAUUUCUAUUUAAUUAAUGGAUUUCUGAAUUUUAAUGUAGUCUUUGCUUUGGCUCUCCUGGUCUUACCACUGACUUCUCUUAUGGAAUACCUGCUGCAGAGAUUUCAUGUCCAGAAUUUAGGCCACCCAUAUUGGCUUACCUUGGCUCCAAUGUAUAUUUGGUUUAUAAUUUUCUUCACCCAGCCUCACAAAGAAGAGCGAUUUCUUUUCCCUGUUUACCCACUUAUAUGUCUCUGUGGCGCUGUGGCCCUUUCUGCACUUCAGAAAUGCUACCACUUCGUGUUUCAGCGGUACCGCCUAGAGCAUUACACUGUGACCUCAAAUUGGCUGGCCUUAGGAACACUCUUCCUGUUUGGACUCUUAUCCUUUUCUCGCUCGGUAGCCCUGUUCAGAGGGUAUCACGGGCCCCUUGAUUUGUAUCCAGAAUUUUACCGAAUUGCUACAGACCCAACCAUCCACACUGUCCCAGAAGGCCGACCUGUUAAUGUGUGUGUAGGAAAAGAGUGGUAUCGAUUUCCUAGCAGCUUCCUUCUGCCCGAUAAUUGGCAACUUCAAUUCAUUCCAUCAGAGUUCAGGGGUCAGUUACCAAAACCUUUUGCGGAGGGACCACUGGCCACCCGGCUUGUUCCUACUGACAUGAACGACCAGAACCUAGAGGAGCCAUCCAGAUAUAUUGACAUCAGUAAAUGCCAUUAUUUAGUAGAUUUGGACACCAUAAGAGAAACACCCCGGGAGCCAAAAUAUUCAUCUAACAGGGAAGAAUGGAUCAGCCUGGCCUACAGACCGUUCCUUGAUGCUUCCAGAUCUUCAAAGCUGCUGCGGGCAUUUUAUGUCCCCUUCCUGUCGGAUCAGUAUACAGUGUAUGCAAACUACACAAUCCUCAAACCCCGGAAAGCAAAGCAAAGCAGGAAGAAAAGUGGAGACCGGAGAAGAGCAGAAUCAGCCCAUAGGAAGAACUGA